GUCCCGCCAAAGGCACGGGGGCGUUUUUGUUGCGGGUUUGCAGGACGGUCCUUUGCGGUGAAUGCGUGAUCGUGGUCUCGCAGCUCAUGGUCGUCCCCCCCUUUUGGGGUUGGAGUCGCGGAGGAGCAGCGGCAUUAGGGUGAUGCGCCAUCAGCCGCCGGGAGGCAUCCGUCCUCCCCGCAUCCUGACCCUCCUCUGAAGCUUAUGGGAUAGGAGUGUGUCUGCCCCUUUCCCAAAUUCCACUGCCCCACUGGAGUCUUUGGUGCCAAAGCAGAGCUGCGUUGCAGGAGCCGAGAUGGGCAGCCCGGGCAGCGAGGUGGGUCUCGCCGUGCCCCCUGAUCUGGCGCUGGAGGACCUGUGCUCUGAGUGCGGCCAGGUCCACCGCAGCCGGGAGAACCACCUCUAUAACUACCGUCUUGAGGUGGACGACGACCUGGUUUGCCAGAUCUGCCUGCAGCCGCUGGUGCAGCCACUAGACACGCCAUGUGGACACACCUUCUGCGCGCGCUGCCUGAGGAGCUUCCUCCAGGACAGGGACUUUUGUCCACUGGACAGAACUCGGCUCCAGCUGCAGGCGUGCCGGAGAUCCAGUAUUCUGGUUCAUAAGCUGCUCGACAAGUUGUCUGUGUCCUGCCCGUUGACCCCAGUCUGCUCCCUCAGCAUGCCCCGAUGUGACCUGGAGGCCCAUCUCAAACACAGGUGCCCCGGGACGCGGUGUCAACAGACCACUGUCGACGUCCCUCGUAAGGAGAGCGGCGACGACAAAACCAUGGUGACCAGUCCUCCCAGAUCCCCCCGAUCGCCACAGACAGACUUGCGGGACGUGAGGUCUCCCUCGCCACCUUGUGGGCCAAACAACACCAGCACCAAUGGGCCCAUGUGGACGGACGAAGCGGGCCUGGAUAACCCUGCCUUCGAGGAGAGCACAGAGGAAGACAGUGUGGUAGGGUUGGAGUGCGUGGUGCCGCGGGUGAAGAGACCCCUCAGUAAUCCCUGCAUCCACCUCCUCCGGUCGGUCAGUUCCACCUCAUCUGGCUGGGACUGCCCUGAGUCACCCCCUCUCUCCGCUGAAGAAGGCUGCGUCAAGCUUCCCUCCCUGCCCGAAGGAGAGAUAACAGCCAUCGAGGUCCAUCGAGCCAAUCCCUACGUGGAGCUGGGCAUCAGCAUCGUCGGAGGAAAUGAGACGCCGCUUAUUAACAUCGUGAUCCAGGAGGUUUACAGGGACGGCGUCAUUGCGAGAGACGGGCGGCUGCUGGCUGGCGAUCAGAUUCUGCAGGUGAACAAUGUGGACAUCAGUAACGUCCCCCACAGCUUCGCCCGCUCCACCCUGGCGCGUCCCUGCACCACCUUGCAGCUGACAGUCCUCAGGGAGCGCCGCUGUGCCUCCCGGCCGCCUCCCUCUUCCUCCUCCUCCACACCAGCUGUGCCCCACGCUCCCUGCUCCACCCCGGAAGGCGCUCCCUCCAGUCCAGCCACACAGAGGAUCACGCUGCACAAGCGGGACUCCGCAGAGCAGCUGGGCAUCAAGCUGGUGCGGCGGACGGACGAGUCCGGGGUGUUUGUGUUGGACCUGCUGGAUGGAGGCCUGGCAGCCAAAGACGGGCGGCUGCGCAGCAAUGACCGAGUCCUGGCAGUCAACGACCAGGACCUCCGUCACGGGACCCCUGAGCAGGCGGCGCAGAUCAUCCAGGCCAGUGGAGAGCGAGUUCAACUCCUGAUAGGUCGACCUCACAAACCAACCCCACCUCCGCCACCUAAGUCCAGCUCCACCAGAGACCUGUACUGCCUUGAUCACUUCCUGCCUAACCACAGCACCACCCCGAGUCCACACCUGUCACGGACCAGCACCCACAGAGAUCUUUCUCAGUGUGUGAGCUGUAAGGAGAAACACAUCACCGUGAAGAAGGAACCGCACGAGUCUCUGGGUAUGACGGUGGCAGGUGGGCGGGGCAGCAAGAGCGGGGAGCUGCCCAUCUUUGUCACCAGUGUCCAACCGCACGGCUGCUUGUCCAGGGAUGGACGGAUCAAACGAGGCGACGUCCUGCUGAGUAUAAACGGACAGGACCUGACCUACCUGAGUCACAGCGAAGCUGUGGGCACCUUGAAAGCCAGUGCCGCGUCACCCUCCGUCCAGCUGCGGGUGCUGGAGGUCAGCAUGGUGGAGGAGCGCGAGCACGACGAGCUGCUGCCUCACACUCACGACAGUGACUUUGACGCCAACUGGUCCCCAUCGUGGGUCAUGUGGCUCGGUCUGCCCAGCUACCUGCACAGUAGUCAUGAGAUCGUCCUGCGGCGGAGUCACCCCGGCAGCUGGGGCUUCAGCAUCGUGGGAGGCUACGAGGAAAACCACGGCAACCAGGCCUUCUUUAUCAAAACCAUUGUCCUGGGCACACCUGCGUACUACGACGGCCGCCUCAAAUGUGGUGACAUGAUCGUGGCAGUCAACGGCUUAUCGACAGCAGGAAUGAGCCACUCUGCGCUGGUGCCCAUGCUGAAGGAGCAGCGCAGCCGGGUGGCGUUGACCGUGGUCUCCUGGCCGGGCAGCCUGGUGUAACCGCCCCCCCGCCCCCAGAAUGUCGUACACCAGGAGCCGCCGUGGCUAUAGUGAAGUGGUACACAUCCCUCCAUCCUGGACCAAAAAACAUUCAGAACUGUGUUAGACCCAGCAGGACCUGAUCCAAAUUGUGCCAUGCCUCUCGACAGACUGCUCUCACACACGCACCGCUGUGUUCAUAUGGUCAUGUUGUGGUCACUCCUGUGUGAAGACUGAUACUGUUAGCAGGCGAUGUGUGUGUGUGUGUGUGUGCGCGCGCGUGUGUGUCGUCACCUCACCAGGCAGAUUUAGAAUCCAGAGCUGUAUUCGGUUGGAUGCACCGUUGAGAGUGGAGACUGGAGCAGCCCUCCGAGGAGAACAUGAGUCCGCUAAAGAUUGUCUGCAGCACCAGCGCUGUAUCCAGCUGAAUGAGCCCGAAGGCCUUAUUAGAAACCUGCCACAUGCCGGGGGCUGCGCUGGCCCCCGGCCCCAUCACCAUGACAACCAGCUGUCCCUUCAGCUGCUCUUUUAUACUCGUGUGAAUGUGUGUUCUGAUUGUUUAAUAAACAUAU